AUGUUCCUCCAGGGUGACAGCGGCGGUCCCCUGACGAAGGUGGAUGUAGAUGGCAAGCCUACCAUGAUCGGCGUCGUCAGCUUUGGAUCCACUGCGGGUUGCAACAGCCCUUGGCCUUCAGCGUACGUGCGCCCCGGCCACUACCACGACUGGUACGUGUCGGUGACCGGCAUCAACUUCGACUGGAAAACCGAGGACCUGAUUCCCGUAACAGAGGAAUCUUCCUAGGAAGACUCGUUCUUAAGUCCGGUCGCCGAGCGUCUAGAAUUUCGUCCAAUGACCCCAAGCUACCCAUCCUUAUCGCUCGCGCGUAAUUUAUAUUGCUGUCGCAGCAGUGUUAGUGCUGUGCAAUGGACGAAAUUCUACGUGCUCGGCGACCGGACUCUAGGCACUCUCUGAAGACGCAGCGAUGGCGCCCAUCUUCGUCAUGCUUAAAUUGAUUAAAACCGACUCGCAAAAAAUAAGCACUAAAAUAGAAAAAUACAUACAUAGAAAAAAACAUAACACUUCAACGGAGAACCUCUUCCUUUUGUUGAAGUAGGUAAAAAAAUAGUGUUUCAAGAGUAUUUUGUCUGUUGCAAAAAGUAACCGUAAGCUUUUCCACCAAUAAAUUAAUUUUUAACAUACCCUCUUAAGUUUUCAUGAAAUAAUUUUUAGUUUCCUACAUAAAUAGUAGAAGAUAGCAUGUUAUAGUAGUAGGCUAUAAAACCAUGGUUCGUUUUGCUACUAGGGGUGAAUGAAAAAAAAACGGUAGUUAGUAGAAAUUCUUGUUUAUUUCAUUAUAAACUAAAAUGUUCACAUUAAGAUCACAUCUUAAGUAUACAUAGGUACAUUCUCAAAUGCGGUGUAAAUAAAUACAUACA